UGAGAUUAACAACAAGACGGAGAAGUAAAAGUUAUCAGUCAGCGCUCAGGUUUAGUCUCAGAGUUCAGUUUACUUGUGUUCUGUCUGAACUCCAGCAUGUAGUCCGUUGUUAUUUACACACUUUGGGCCUCGUGCCUUGUUGUAGCUCUGUUCUUUUAUGCACUUAGCUCAGCUAGCCGUCAUGCUAACCAGGAAAUUCGGGGAGCUUCCUCAGCCAAAGCGCCUUACAAGAGAGGCAAUGCGUAAUUACUUGAAGGAGAGAGGAGAUCAAACGGUGCUGAUAUUACACGCAAAAGUUGCACAGAAAUCGUACGGCAAUGAAAAGAGGUUCUUCUGCCCGCCUCCGUGUGUGUACCUGAUGGGCUGCGGCUGGAAGAAGAAGAAGGAGCAGAUGGAGAGAGAGGGAUGCUCGGAGCAGGAGGCACAACCCUGCGCAUUUAUCGGCAUCGGGAACAGUGAGCAGGAAAUGCAGCAGCUCAACCUGGAGGGCAAGAACUUCUGCACGGCCAAAACGUUGUACAUAUCCGACUCAGACAAGAGGAAGCACUUCAUGCUGACGGUGAAGAUGUUCUACGGGAACAGUGCAGAAAUCGGCGUCUUCCUUAGCAAACGCAUUAAAGUCAUCUCCAAACCUUCCAAGAAGAAACAGUCUUUGAAGAACGCAGACUUGUGUAUAGCGUCAGGCACUAAAGUGGCUCUGUUUAAUCGGUUACGCUCUCAGACAGUCAGCACCAGAUAUCUCCAUGUAGAGGGAGGAAACUUCCAUGCCAGCUCUCAGCAGUGGGGGGCCUUUUACAUCCACCUGUUGGAUGAUGACGAGUCUGAGGGGGAGGAGUUUACAGUGAGAGACGGAUACAUCCAUUACGGUCAGACGGUUAAACUGGUGUGUUCAGUCACAGGCAUGGCUUUACCGAGGCUGAUAAUCCGUAAGGUGGAUAAGCAGACAGCACUGAUGGAUGCAGAUGAUCCUGUGUCGCAGCUUCACAAGUGUGCAUUUUACCUGAAGGACACAGAGCGCAUGUACCUGUGUCUCUCUCAGGAACGUAUCAUCCAGUUCCAGGCGACACCGUGUCCCAAAGAAACAAACAAAGAGAUGAUUAAUGACGGUGCGUCGUGGACCAUCAUCAGCACAGAUAAAGCCGAGUACACCUUCUACGAGGGCAUGGGCCCUGUCACACACCCUGUCACACCUGUACCUGUGGUUGAGAGUUUACAGCUGAACGGAGGGGGUGAUGUGGCCAUGCUGGAGCUGACUGGUCAGAACUUUACUCCAAACCUCAGAGUGUGGUUUGGUGAUGUGGAGGCAGACACCAUGUACAGGUGUGGUGAGAGUGUUCUCUGCGUGGUUCCUGAUAUCUCUGCAUUCCGUGAGGGAUGGCGUUGGGUUCGGCAGCCCGUCCAGGUUCCCGUCACUCUGGUGCGCAGCGACGGCAUCAUCUACUCUACAGCACUCACCUUCACUUACACACCUGAGCCAGGGCCACGCCCACACUGCAGUGCAGCAGGUGCCAUCCUGCGCUCGGGCUCUGCUUCCUCGCCCUCUUCAUCCUCCUCUUUGUCUUCAUCUUCCUCGAGCCAUAUUCUGCAGUCGAGGCUCGACAGUCAGGCUGGAUUCCCGACAUCUGGCGGCGUUUCUUCCUCGUCCUCUUCUUCCUCUGCCAUGUCCGUGUCCUAACCUGUGUGGCGAUGAAAGGCAAAUUUAAUCCUCCACCUUUCAGGUUCUCCAAUAAAGGACAACGAUGUUGCUGAAUGGAUGAAACUCUGAGAGAAAAAUCAAACUCAAGACCAGCUCUUUUUUUUUCUUUUUUUCUUUUCUUUUUUCUUUCACGGAAAUAAAACGAAACUAAUCGUGGCUUUUGCCAAACCGUAAAAACACGGGAAGAAAAUUCUUCAGAAGGGCUCAGACGCUCCGACGUGGAAGAAAAAGGUUAUCACAUAGUAAUAUAGUUUUCAAGGACCAAGGAAUAUUAUUAUUAUUUUUUAUCGAUGUAUAAUUUUAUAAGCUUUAGCUAAGGUACAUUUUUCACCUUUUUUUUUUUUUUCCCUUGAUUUUAUAACAUUUAGUAACCUUUUGUUACCAAAUAGUUUUGUAUAUUUCUCAUGAGCGUUUGUGCUCGGAAGUUUAAAAAAAAAACAAAAACAAACAAAAAAAAAGAGUUUGUGCGGUUUUACUCGCCCGAGCUCUCUGUCAUAGCUGCCUUUUAAUCCUCGUUGGUGACUGCCUUAAAUUUUCUGGACUCGUGCCGGCGUUUUAUUUUGUAAUACUGUUUUUACAUCAUGAAUAUUUGCCCUUUUUUUUUUUUUUUUUUUUUUUCCCCUUUCCUUUUUCCUAAACUGAAGUGUAAUAUUGUGUGAGAUUUGGGAGAAGGUGGUUUUACUUGUUUGUUUGUUUGUUUGUUUGUUUGUUUUUUUUUAACCACACAAAGCUUUAACUGACUCAUCCUGUCGCCGAGUGAUACUCUGACCAAUCACAAACUGCCCCAGAUGUUUCUGCCCUUUCUUACUGCCAAAAAAAUCUUCACCUUCCCCACGUAACAGCUUGUGUAAUGCACUUAGAGCUCAAGAGCACGAAGCAGAGCUCAUCACUUCAGAGGCUUUUGUUAGAUCCUGAUCAUCACUGUGAUGCUUUUAAACCCUCCACUGAUUCUUGGUGUUCAGAGCUCGUGUCACGCAGCCCGGAGACUUUACCCUGAUAUGAUGAACACCACGUGGGAUGAAAGUUUACUUCCAGUAAGUCGAGACGGAAUCAGGGCUUUUACUCUCUCUGACCUGGUUCAUGAGCAUGUGGUCUCCUGCCCACACGCAGAUUAAUGAUCAUCUCGAGUCCAAACCUCGUUAACUCAAAUAGUCCAAGCUCAAAACUCCAGAAAGCUGAACCAGGAGCAGGUAAACGGAUCUGAUCCAGAAGUCAGUAACGUUAAAUAGUUCAGGUCCAGGAUAGAGUAACGGAGAUGGGAGCAAAAUUACAGGCAGAAAUGUUUUUAAAACUCAAACACAAGACAGGUGACAUCCAGAAGUCUGUAAUCUAAAAGCAGAACUGGACUUAAACUACAUGCCUCUGGUUCUGCAGCUCAGAGCAGCUUUCAGGAGUAGAAAGUAAGUGUGUGCGUGUGUGUGGGUGUGUAAAAGAGUGUGUUUAAAAGUGUGUGCGUGCGUGUGUUUUUUUGGGCGGUGUGUAAAAGUGUGUGUGGGGGUGUGUUUGUGUGUGUAAGUGUGUGUGUGCCUGCACACAGCAUCACUAGGUCUGAUCCCUGAUGUAGAUUUCAGCUGAAUCUCAGCCUCUCUGCAGACUCUCAUCAUCUUACAGCGCUUUGACUUUCUUUCUUUCUUCCUUUUAAAGGGGCAUUUUCUUGUUUUCUUGUCUGUUUUCUUGCCAAUCAGUUUUGAUGUGUUUGAUGAUGAUGAUGUUGAUGAUGAUGAUGUAGAAAGCUCGUAUCCUGUGAUUUAGGAUGUUCAUCACCUACCAGCUGAUAGUGUCCAGAAUCUGUGCACUUUGUUGUUUGUCUCCUGCUCUCUUUCUCUAAUUCCCCCCCCCCCCCCCCCCCCCGACGGAUCUUUUUGUGGCAGCUCAAACGAACCCUUUGUGCCUAUGAGAAAUCUCCUGAAGCCACCAUCACUAUUCUCACACGUGCGUCAAUCCCAGAGGUCAAAGGUCACAACCUUUUCAGUGUUAUUUUCUCCAGUCUCUAUCAGGCUGUAACCUUCUUGACAUGCCCUUGUCCUCUAGUCACUGCCCCCAGACUGGCUCCUGGGGCAUUAACCACAAACACGAUGGUUUGGCUUCGGAUUUUACUUCGUUCGAUCAUGCUUUAAAUUCCCGAGAUGAAAUUCCGAAGGGCCUCCGGUCACGACGUGCUUAUAGAAAUGAUUAAAGACGAACUUCAGAAGCAGCUGGACCAAAACUUCUCAUUAUGUAAACAUUUCAGAAUUAGUGUUUUAUUCCUCCAGCUGCUCCGGUUCUUCUUGACUUAGCAGUGUAGAUAUUCACUCCAUAGCGGUGUGUAAAACUGUACCGGAACCCAGCCGUAGUCUUCCUGUGAUGUUCCAUCAAAGCCUUUUUUUUUAAUGACAGAAAAACAUGGCGAAGGAUCAAACCUAGUGGAUUAGUAACAAGUUUGCCUUAUAGUUUUGUGAACAAAGUCUUUGUCUGCAAACAAAUCUUCUGAUAGUCAUUUCAGACAGUGUUAUUAAACUCCCUGAUCUCUGAACAUCAGCAGCCGUUUCUUCUCAUCUAACUCCAGAUUGUCUGUAAAACAAUCACCACAUUUUAGAAGGCGGAGCCUAAGUGGCAUCCUGAAGUUCAUUCACUUCAAUGGCAGCCUUUAACUUCCUGUCCAGUUCACCUGUUGUUUAUACAAGACAGGAAGUCCCACUGCUUCCUGAGACUUAUGUUAUUUCCAUCUUAGCUAAUUUUAGCCACCUAUCUCUAUGAAGCAAACCGUCCAAUCACAUCGCAUCUCGUCUGACUACAUUUAGGCUACAUGAACUGUUUUUUUUUUUGUUUGUUUAACGAGAGAAUCCUUUUCACUUGUGCCACUGUACUUGCCUUAAAAAUCAAAAAGAAGUGAACCAGUUCUAUAAAAUGCUGUUAAAUGUCUGUUGUUAAAACCUCGCCUGUUAGAUCGGACCUGGCACGUGUCAGGCAUCUCGGUUCAGUCUUAAACGGUCAUUUUUACAUAAGCCAAGAUUCCAGACAGUGUGCUGCUUCCUCUGGGGACGUUACGAGUGCCAACGCUCCGAAGGGCGUCUCUGUAGCCUCGCUGCACGUCAGCAUCAGCAGAAACCCCGGCUGUGUCUCAGUUCUCACGUCCACACUGCCACUCGAGGCCCGGUUCUAUCGCUUUAUCCCCUCGAGUCAAGUUCACUAGAUGAUCAUUAGAAGAGGGAUUCGAGUUGAUGUCAGUGGAGCAAUAAAAUACUUAACAAA